AUGAAUCAAUAUGUUUAUUUUAAUGAUUUAAAAGAAAUGCAGCACUAUGCAUUUAAAAAUCAACUUUCAUUAUAUGCUUACAAGAAAACUGUAUAUAAUUUAACGAGUUAUAUCGAAAAUCAUCCAGGUAGUGAGGCUUACAUGUUAGAUUAUGAAAAUCAGGAUGUCACACAUGUUCUAUUCAAUAAGAAGAUUCUCAAAAUUCACAGAGAAAUAAUAUAAGCACUACAAGAAUAUAUUUUUGGAUAUAUUUAGAAGCAUGACAAUUAAAUCAUCUCAUUUAAAUCCUCUAAAUCCAUUAUCGAAUAGACCAAAAAAAGAUUAAGAGAAAGCACUGUACCCUUUAAUGAAGAUAUACCAGAGGAUUGUUCUAUAACUAAAAUACCUAUACUAACUAUUCAUAAAUAAUUUCACUCCCAAAAAUCAAUUAGAAUACCUAUAUGA